AUGCGAUAUUGUGAGGCCUCGACAUCUUUGGUUCACUUAGAUAUAGUGACAAAAAUCGGAACAACAUUCAAUUGCCAAUUUUCAAGUGUCGGAACUUGUGAAGCUUGGAUAAAACAAAUUAAUGCUCUUUUAUUUUCCCCAAAACACUAUAAAACAUCAUUUUCCGUCCUGUUUCGUGAAGAACUCAAACAACGUAUUGAUAACCAUCCACUGCUAUUUUCUCUCAAAGAAAUCAUUGGCCUUGGAGAUAAAGACACUUCCUUUGAGGCAUCGAUGGUAUACUACGAAUUUGAACGAUUGGAAUUUAACAGCGAUUGGAAAAUAACUGACGAGAACAACUCAAUUUGCAAAAGUUAUCCAAGAUAUCAUAUAAUGCCCCGAGGCGUAUCUGAUCAGGAUAUUUCGAGCAUGGCUUCUUUUAGGAGUCAUCAUAGAUUCCCUUCAGUUGUUUGGCGUUCUCGGAAAACUGGUGCUGUUUUGUUAAGAUGUGCUCAACCCUGCGUUGGAAUUAUGUAUUCAAGGAAUGAGUUGGAUGAAAGAUUUGUGGCUGCAGUGCUCGAAAACUGUAGAAAAGUUCUACAGCCUAGUCAAUCAGACGGAGAUUCACAUAAGCUGCUCAUUGUCGAUGCUAGAGACUAUACCGCAGCUCAAUUUAAUCGAUUUAGAGGUGGUGGAUUUGAAUUUGGCGAAUACUACAACCAAUCGCAGAUCCGUUUUAUGAAUCUCCCGAAUCUGCAUUACGUUCGAAAGAGCUUUGAAGCCCUCAUUGCUCUGUACAGGAAUCCCGAUUCUAGUUGGCUACAGAAAGUAGAUACAACAAUGUGGCUGAGUUAUAUUAGCCAAUUGCUCAAAUCUGCUGUGGAUAUUGUUGCAGCUCUUGAAGUACAUAGUCGGCCAGUCAUGGUCCAUUGCACUGAUGGAUGGGAUAGAACUCCCCAAUUGACCUCUCUCGCUAAACUCCUAUUGGAUCCCUACUACCGAACAAUUGAGGGCUUCCGUUUCCUAGUGGAACGUGAAUGGUUGCAAUUUGGACACAAGUUUGCUGAUAGAUGUGGACAUAGCUUUAGCCGAACCAGUUCUGAAGAGCAAAGUCCAAUAUUUCUUCAAUGGUUGGACUGCGUUCAUCAAAUUCAUCGUCAAUUUCCUAGCCACUUUCAAUUCAAUGAACUCUUCUUGAUUAAAAUAGCCAUUCACACUUACUCAGGGCUCUUUGGAACGUUUCUAUGCAACUCUGAGUUUGAGCGUCAAGGAGAACAAAAGAACCUGCCCUCUUGUUCUCUCUGGGCAUUCCUAAAUCCCAAGUACAACUGGUCAAUAUUAAACUACCUUUACAAACCCAAUGAUGAGGUAAUAACCCCAGCCUACCAUGUAAGCGACUUGGCGUUGUGGCAGAAUUUGUACAAGAAGGCCCUCUUACCUUCAAGCUCUUCUGGACCUCAGUCAGUACUAUUUUCAGCUCCUCUGCGGCGAGGCAGUGAUACGUCCACUCUUCAAAUCACAGCAACAAAAUUGAAUGUUCCAGCAAAAUCUGGUCCUUCUACUGCUGCUUCAACACUAAUGCCUCCACCUACACCGAUAAAUAUUUUAGCAGGAGCAGAGGAUCUAAGCAUGCAUGCGUCCAAUGCUGAAGCACGUCAACGCUCCCAGUCCUUCUCUAACAUUAGUAUUCAACAUGGGCAAGUGAAUCUUCCUUCUACCGUCUCUUCGUCUUCUCUGAAGGAUAUUCCCAAACAAUCUGCUGAUACUGCUCCGAGGACACAGACUGAGCUCUCAAUUGAACGGGUUGAUGAAGUACUAAAUGUCUCUCUGUCUGACCAAAAUAUUUCCGCCAAAGUGUCACCUCACAAGCAUGUACGAACUGGUAGCGACCCACCACUUUGUUCCGAAAGUAGGAUGUUUCGAGGAUUUAGGCUUUCGAGCUUUGGAGACAACGACACCCUGGUUGUUAAUGAAACCACCCUUGAUGAUAGCCAUGAAGUAGUAGAAGAAGAAGAUAUGGAGACAACUUUUUCCAGAACUCCUGUUACUCGAAUUCCUGAGGAAAUGAUGGAGGAAAGGAAGGUCUAUAGCAAUCGUACUGCUGCUUCACUGCAUCCCUCACAAAAUCUCUCAGCUGCAUCCUCAGUGUGUCAAUCACAGGUCUCCUUAUCUGGCAUUAACUUUGAGGGAAAAGUGAAUUGGAUCGAAGGCUAUUUCGGCGGUCCUGUGUAUAGUAACAGUUUCCGAAUUUUGGCUAAGGAAUCAAAAGUCCCACUGGAAGAUGAGGUGUCAGCUAUUCAGAAUGAACCAUCUGGCCAAGAUGAGGAAAACUCAGGUGAACGAUCUAAUGAUUCUUCAGCUCAAUCUACCGUUAGUCGUACUAGAUCCCACACGGAAAGUGAAAUUCAAUCAUCUCUACAGCGCGCUAGUAAUAGGAAUCUGCCCCGAAGCACUUCUCAACUAACUUCGGAAUUUGGCGAUCUGUCUACUGGACAUUCAAAUGGGCAAUCUUGUGGUUCAACAGCUUCUGGAGAGACCCAACUCCUUCCAGAGCAUAGUGUCUCCGUAGAUUGGGAUGGCUUGCCUCUCCAAAUCGAUCAGAUUACCAUGAAAUUCCAUGAAGAAUUACGAAAACGUGAUCAACAUGUCGCCGAAUUGCAAGCUCAACUUGAAGCUCUUCGGGAACUGAAUGAACAAUUGGAAGCUAAGUUGAAUGAGAAGAAUGACGUCGCUGCUGCUAUUGCGACUACUUCCUACUAUAGUGCCAAUGGUUCAGCCUCCACAAUGCUGGCUACAUCUCAAACUCAGUUGCCGACAAAUGUUACUCAUGGCAUCCAGUCAUCUUCACUUGCCUUUGGGCACAAUGGCAACGGUAAUGAACCUGCCAACCAAUCGUCCUCUAUUGUUGAGGCCCUGACAGAUGCCAUAGACAAUCAACUGGAAGUCGAAAGCGGCUUUGGGGGCUAUGGCAACGGUUUCGAGGUCAAUCAUCAUCUUCAGGGAGUCAUCAAUGAUAGCGUAACAGCUGCCCCCCAAUUAUUGAUGACUCAAUCAGCCACUGAUGAUAUGCUUCUCAAUUGGCCUACUAUGUUGGCUUCUACGCCCUCCUCAAUUUCUGUUGGUGUUCCUCCCAUUUCUAAUUCCCUAACUUCAGAUAUCUCCUCUCUCCCUGAAUUCCAACCUCCAAUGAGGCGAAAACGCUGUGGUCCUAGCACUUCCUCGGAUUAUUCUACCUUUGAUUUCGUGGAGACUUCCGCAGUACCCUCCGGACCCUCGUGUUCCGGAUGUGAUCGAUUGCUCGAUGUUCUAAACUCCUCUGUUACUUGCAGCUUCUGUCAUAGAUACUACUGUGGUGGCUGUGCUGAUACUCCCCAAAUUUUAAAUACCUGCUGCAAGCCAAUCUGUGGAGUGUGUCAUCGUCGACAUUUUCCUGAGGCACGGGAGAUGUCCGCAUCGUACGAAUGUACUUUUCCCAGUCGACCAAGUACAAGUGGUACGAUCUGUUCGCAAUCCUGUGGCAAUACCGGUGGAAGUUGCAGAAAUUUGGAACAAAGAUUUCCCUCUGGUUCUUCUCUUGCCUGCUCAAGUGGUCACAGCCAAAAUGGAACUGCGAAAGCUUGA